CAGCAAAACCAGCACACAUUCUUUUUCUUUCUUUACAAUUUCAGAAUUAGAAAUUUUAUUCUGACCAUAGAUUUUUGGCAAUCUCAGCAAAUGAUUUUGUUUCUUGAGAACUUUUGCCUUUUCGCUUAAAGGAAGCACUUGAGGUCUUCUCUUUGGCAUAUCCGAAUUGCUGGCAUCACUACGCUUGUGCUUUGGGGACAUUAUUUAGUAAAAUAAGGGUUCCUUGAACACCGGCACUGCCAUACCAUGACAGUCGAUCACUGACGGCCGGUGGUGUCUCCAGCAUGGAUACGCGGGACAGAGGGAUGAUUCACCUCCUGAGCAGGAUGGAGUGGGACAGCGAGAGAUUUCACUGCGCUGCUCAGAACAGCGCGUGAUUUAAAACUUGUGAAUUUUGCGGGGACGGGGAGGGGCGCGGCUGGCGGGUCUUCCUUCUCCUGCGGCGCCGGCGGUGCUGGGCGGGUGGAGGCGCGGAGUGGUCCCCAUGGCCGCCGCUCCGGAGCCCGGCGAGCCCGCGAAGGGGAAGCUCUUUAAGCUCCUAGGCAUUUCAGGUGUUGAAAAUAUUCCCUGUGCCCGGGAUUCAAUAUUGUAUGGUUCAUUAGGAUCUGUUGUGGCUGGCUUUGGAGUUUUUUGUUGUUGUUGUUAACUAGUAGAAUUAGAAAAUCAUGUGAUGUUGGAGUAGGAGGAUUUAUCUUGGUGACUUUGGGAUGCUGGUUUCAUUGUAGGUAUAAUUAUG